AUGUUUUUAAUUUGGAGUCUUUUGGUGACGGUCGUUUUGGCAAAUGCCAAUGAUUUGGUUGGAACAUGGACUACUAAAUCUCGUCAGGUCAUUACCGGUCCAGGAUUCUACGAUCCGUUGAACGACAAACUACUCGAGCCAAAUUUGACCGGGAUAUCGUAUUCAUUCGACAAAGAUGGAAAUUAUGAAUCAGCCUAUUAUCGGGCAAUUUCCAAUCCCGCCGAACCAAAAUGCCCCGGAGGAAUCAUGCAGUGGCAACACGGCUCUUAUGCUGUGUUUGCAAAUGGAUCUCUGACUCUGACACCGAUUGCUGUAGAUGGUCGUCAGCUUCUGUCAGAUCCUUGCAAGAAGGAUACGGGUCACUAUACACGCUUUAACGCCACUGAGCGUUUCAAGGCAUACUCUGUCGGUAUCGAUAAGUACCACGGCACUAAACGCCUCGAGUUGACCAGAACGGACGGCUCCAAGGUGCACCCUAUGUUCAUCGCUCAUGAGCAACCGAAGAUGCUUCCUACUUCAACAUUGAAUCCCAAUCCCACAGGACAUAAGGCAAAGAGGGAGGCUCGAGCAGACACUGGGUUUUACCUGAUCAGCAGAGAUCAAUUGAUCAACCCUAAUCGAUGGUGGUGGUUGGGUGUUCUGAUGACAUCUCUUGGAGGGGCUGCUUUCUUCUAUUCAUGA